ACGCUAACGACACAUUUAAGUGUUUAACCUCUCUGUCUUUGCCUUUUGUUUCCCUCUCAAGAUCUAUGAAUCAAAGCUCACUAAAUUUUCCUUCUAACAUCCCAUUUCUUGACAGUUUGUCCACACCCCCACCCUCCUUUCUCCCUUUUUAGGUUCUUGAAUCUUUGAUUUCCCACUUUUUCUUUCUUUUUUUUUGUGUGUUCUUUGAGGAAUUCAAGGUGGUUGUAUGUUUGGACUUAACAAAAAGAGUGAACAAAGAGAUGAUGAGGGGUCACUCUUAUCAACUUUAACCUUCAAAUCUCUAAAAUCUUUUUAAGAUUUUGAAAUCUUGUAAGUAGUAGUAUAAUUCUUGAAUUUUGUGCCACCAUUAACCCAGCUAGCAAGAUACUUGGCACUUAUGCAUGUAUUUUGCCUCAUAAAUGUGCUAGAAUCUCUCAUUGAAGCUACAAAUCUUGCAAAUCUUUAAAAAUCCCUGGAAAACAUUCUUUGAUGCUGGUAAUUAUGUGGUUCCAUUCCUGAGAGCACUAAAACAAGGCUAUUUAGUAAGAAUUUUAUUAGACAUUUUGCUGGAUUGUUAGGAUUAUGAUAUAGUUUCAUGGAGGCAAAAAGCAGAGAGCAGCAGCAGUGUAAGAUAAGAAAGAGAGGGAAUUCAUCGUCUUCAUCGUCUUCUUUAGUCAAAAAGUACAGAUUCAAGAGAGCUAUUCUUGUUGGAAAGAGAGGUGGGUCUAGUACUCCUGUUCCAAUCUGGAUGACAAGCUCAAAAUCUCCAACUUUGGCAGAGCCAAAUGCUGAAUCCACCAAGUGCACACCACCUCAAAAUGGAAGCAAAGCCAAGGAAGUUUCAGUUUCUGCAAGAAAAUUAGCUGCCACUUUGUGGGAGAUCAAUGGAAUACCUUCUCCAAGAGUUAAAAAGGAUUUGGAAGACAAGAAAGAGGUUAGAAGCAGAGAAAAGGUGGCAAGGUUGCCACACUUGUCAGAUCCAUCUUACACUCCUUUUUCAGAGAGGAUGGAGCGAUCUAGAGGCCAUAGUCAUAGGAGAAGAACAUCAGUUGUUACAAAGACACUUCAGCUUACUGAUUAUCAUCUUGGAGGUCUGGAUUCUGUAGGCAAUUCCAGUUUGAUGGAGAUUGAAAGUCAUCCGAAAGGCCGGUCUCGUACAAUUGGAAUUAAGACCUGUUUGAAGGAUGUUAGUAAUGGGCUGACCACCUCCAAGGAGCUCUUGAAAGUUUUGAAUCAUGUUUGCGGUCUUGAGGAGAAGCACUCAUCAGGCUUGUCUCUUGUCUCCGCCCUUCGGAUUGAGCUUGAUAGAGCCUGCAUUUCGGUCAAUCAAUUGAUAAGAGAACAGCGAUCAAACCGCAGUGAGAUUGAGUACCUUGUUAAGCAUUUUGAGGAAGAGAAGGCAGCUUGGAAGAGCAAGGAGCGAGAUAGGAUUCGCAGUGCUAUAGCAUGCAUUGCAGAAGAGCUUGAAAUUGAGAGGAAAUUAAGAAGACAAACAGAGAGAUUGAAUAAGAAGCUUGGGAAAGAGUUGGCCGAUACAAAGGAAUCUCUGUCAAAGGCAAUGAAAGAGCUAGAGACUGAAAAAAGGGCGAAAGAGAUAUUAGAGCAAGUUUGUGAUGAGCUGGCUAGAGGUAUAGGGGACGACAGAGCUGAGGUUGAAGAAAUGAAAAAAGAAUCUGCGAAGGUGAGAGAUGAGGUGGAGAAAGAAAGGGAAAUGCUUCAGCUUGCUGAUGUAUUGCGUGAAGAAAGAGUCCAGAUGAAGCUCUCUGACGCUAAGUACCAUUUCGAGGAGAAAAAUGCAGCGGUGGAGAGGUUAAGAAAUGAGCUCGAGAUCUACUUGAGAGAAAAAGUAGGUGAAAAAGAUGCUGAUGGCUCUCCAAAUUAUGACAGGAUUAAAGAGCUUGAAGCUUACUUAGAGGAAAUCCAAUUCGGAUCGUGUCAACAGGCCGAGAGAGAAGAAAAUAAAGGGGGUGCAACAGGAAAUGGAGAAGUUCAUGACGGAGAUGAUUCAGCGGAUAGUGAUCUUCAUUCCAUUGAAUUAAACAUGGACAAUAACAGCAAGAGCUACAAAUGGUGUUACGCUUCUGAGGACAAUUCGAAGUGGUUUUCAGGAGGUAAAGAUUUCAAGGGAAGGAAGUCGAUCUCCGAUAAUAUUCAAUGGGGAAACAUUUGUCUGCAAAGAAGAAAUUCCAAUGGUAUUGAUGGUCUUGGCCGUGACUUGAUCAGUGAAAAUCAGGCAAGACCAGAUAUGCCCGAUCAGGAAAGGGUAGCCGAGCUUGGUUUCAAUUCUCAAGCACAAGGUCAUGAAGAUGAAAUUAGGAAAUAUAGGUCAGUGAGGACUCUCAAAGACCACAUAUUAUCUGGCCCUAAAAGAUCACCAAUACAAAACUUUGCCAGUCCUACGCGGCUGUGGGGGCAAUCCUUGCCUUUUCAAGAGUCUGGCAGUGUAGUUUCGGAUGGUUCACCUGUGAUACAAGGGAAUAAUUUGAAGCCCAGGAUAGCAGGAACAGGAGUUAAUUGUCGAACUUCAACAAGCUCCAGACAUUAAACGUUCUAAAUUAUUAUUAUUAUAUUUUCCCUUUUAGCAGAAAUGCAGUGCUUGCAUUUUCUUCUAAAAUUUCGAGCCUUCCCGCAGUAAAUACAAAUCAUAUACAAGCUAUAGGGAUCUGAGAUCACUUGUCAACCAAUACUUAUGUAUUCUUAUUAUUCUGCUUGCGUGGAAUACCAUUCAUGAUCUACAACAAGCAUAUCAUAUUUAUAUAUGAAAAGCGAUUGCUCAGAA